UCCUGUUCAGACGAUGGUCGUUUCUGAGAGACUUUGUCUGGUUUCAUCUGUGCUGCUCUGAGCUUCACAUGUUUCUAUGAGCAGAAGAUCUUUGUGGCCUCAUGGAGCUGCUGAUGUCUGAAAGGCUCAGAGAUGGAAAUCAGCCUCUUCUGAGCCUCAGAUCCCUGAAUGACAGCAGAGAGGGUGAAGAUGUUACAUUCUUCAUCAUCCACGGCCUGGCUGACCUCGCUGGACACAGGAUGAUCUUUUUCAGCAUCCUGCUGCUGGUCUACGUCAUCAUCCUGGGAGGAAACAGCCUCAUCAUCUUUGUGACCGUUACUGACCCAAAGCUCCGCUCCCCGAUGUAUUUCUUCCUCUACAACCUGUCGUUUGUGGACAUGCUGUUCACCUCCAGCAUCAUCCCCAACAUGCUGGCAGGCUUCCUGAUGGACCAGUUGACCAUCUCUUUUAAUGGCUGCUUCCUGCAGAUGUUCUUCUUCAUCAACCUGUCAGUGACUGGCCGUGCUAUCCUGACCGUCAUGGCCUACGAUCGGUACUUGGCCAUCUGCAACCCUCUUCGCUACACAGCUAUUAUGACCCGGCCUGUCCAGGUGCUUCUGGUGGUAGGGGCCUGGGGAUUCGGAGCUCUCUGCCCUCUGCCGGCCACCACCAUGGCCCUGCAGCAGCGCUACUGCGGCCCAAAUGUGAUCCGACAUGGCUGGUGUGACCCGUCCUCUUUAAGGCGUCUUGUGUGUGCCGACUCAUCCGUGGAUAACAUUGUGUCUUUGGCCUUCGCUCUGGUGGCCUUGCUGUCCACAGGGAUCCUCAUCCUGACCUCCUACAUCCUGAUUUUUGUGACCAUGUCCAGCAUGGCGGUCACUCAGAGGCUGAAGGCUUUGGCGACAUGUACCGCCCACCUGACCGUGGUUUCCUUCUCCUACAGCGCUGCCUCCUUUAUCUACAUUUCUUACCGAGUGCGAGACGUUUCACCAGAGGUACGCAUCAUUGUAUCUGUGUUGUACUCCGCCUUGACGCCGUUCCUCAAUCCCAUCGUCUACAGCUUAAGGAACAAGGACCUGCAGGACGCCAUCAGAAGGAUCAGGUUAAGGUUCCACCUUGUGGUUCUGUCAGCACCAAGGGGCAUCCAAAUUGGGAUCUGACCAAUGCCAGGAUGACAUCAUGUGAUUUCAGAGAAGUCGCUUUGGGAUACAUUGGGGUGCAAAGACAACCAUAAGCCCAGGAUGUAGAUAAACAAGGACCUGGGUUAUGGAGGUCAGAGUCUGAAAACCAAGCCAGAACCUGUUCUUUGUUUCUUUGGAUAUUCAUACUUUAAUAUUUUCUGCUUGGUUGUUUGAACUGAUUUAUGUUUGGUCAGUUUUCCUCAAAGAAGAAACUUCAACAAUCAAAAAAAUGUGUCCUCCUCCUUCCCUGUUGCAGACCUGGUUUAAAGAGCUCAGCUCUUUAUUCAGUGUUUCUAUAAAAUUAAACUCUACAUCACUGUGAUGGAACCACUACCUGGUCUGGUGGUCGGUCCAGGUGCUCUCUCUCUCAGGCAACUGGAUGAUAUGUUUCUACAUUUUGUUCGAUGCAAUAUUACUUUAAUUACAAUAUAAUGAAAGUCUCAGAAAGACUGUUAUUAAAGCCCUCCUGCAGAUGUCUGGAAAAAC